AUGUCGGACAACUUUGACAGAGCAUCCUACUACAAGGCAGUGGGAGAAUGGAGCGGUCGUUUAAUCUUUUCGCGGGACUCUCGACUAGCAGGCGGCGCUGUUCAGAUGGAAGUUCACAAUGCGCCGGAAGCUCAUAGUGGUCUGAUUGGCAGUCAAGUAGAGCUGGGGUGGGAUUUGGACAUUGAGGAUGGAGGAGAGUUGCAAGCCUAUGUGGACUUUUUGACUACGGACGUUGCUUUCGGAGAAGAAGCAACGGUCAGUUCCAGUAAGGGUCGUGUUCAUCCGACUCGACUCGAUGGACUCACACAUGUCGGGCCUCUCGAGUCUUUGGCAGCUGCGCGACCCUCCAAUUCCAUCCACGUUGUCCUGGACACCGUGGAAGGUCAGGUCAAGGUCAUUGAUCACAAGAUCAGGAUCUCCAAGCCGCCCAUUCAAAUACGAGGAAAGAAAAAAUGCCUUGCCAAGUUCCUGGGACCAAGCUCUCGGCAAGGAGACCUCGCGUGUACACUCUGCGAAAUUCAGCACUACAAUCCCGAAACGGCGCUCUUUGACGGUCCCAUUCAAGUCGUACAAAUCCCGCACUUUCCCAAAACCAGCAGAGGCUUGUAUGUAUCCACUUGCGACCAAAUCGAAUCCUCGCCCGUCAAUCCUUGGGGUUGGUAUCUCUACGGGCACUUUGAUGACGAGGCCGACAGUAAGCCAUUCGUCGUCGAAGCCUGGGAACCUCGUCGCGCACUCAUCGUGGGUAACUUGACUGAAACGGUCACAGGAGGCUUGGAUGCGACAGUCGACGCCAUCAAGAACAAAAUAUGGAAGGGCGCACGAUACAACAAAGGCACUGUGGACACAUACCUACUGGAUCCCACAGACAACGCGGCAACAACAACAUCCAUCGAAGAAGACUGGAAGGAACGAGACCGGUUCUUGGUCAUUCAUCUAUUUGGAGGCAUUGGCGGUGAUAUAGUCAAUGAAGAAAACUUUGUGGGCCUUAUUCCAGGACAUUUUGCCUUCGGCAAUGCCACCAUUGUGCGAGACACGGCCUUUACCAAUGAAUUGCAAUUCCAAAUUGUACAUAGGCAAAUCUACGCACACAACAAUGGAGCAAUCAUUUCAGGGCCGAACAUGUGGUCUAGUUACUGUGGAGAUCUGGAACGGGGAUGGCUGGGGACACGGCCCAUUAGUGAUAUCGUCGUAAAAAUGGAGUUACUCAGCAACUUGUAUUCGUUCGACGACAUUGGCAAUAUCACAAUCUGCCCCCUGGAUGAAAUGAUUCGAGAGUUGAAUGAAAUGGGAGCCCGCUAUCGGACUGGAGAUGGCGAUGGAAGCGCGUUGGUUAGUACGGCACAUUCCUGUGUUCAGGACUCCAGUCAAGCUCUCUUUGCCGCACUCCAAGAAACGUACCGCAAGCUACAGGGAAAUCCCAAGAUUCAACAGUGGAUCCAGGCCAAUCCGAGUCACCCACAAGCGAAGGAUCUUGCCAAACUCAGCUUACUUCACCAGAACUUGGACGACUACUUGACUCCUCUCGGGGUUCGCAAGGAUUGGUUGGAAACUGCAAAGGGGUUGCGAGGGACAGAACCAGUCAAUACGCCAUUGCUGUCAUUGAUCGAAACCAUUCGCACGUGGAGGACUGUAGUCCCUCGAAGAGCCCACGACAGACUAGCCGAAAUCUUCCUGCAGCAUGGAGCCAAGCUAUGGUUCAUACGGACCAAUCAAGUAGGAGGCAGUGACUCGCACAUCAUCCCUUUGGCACCGGCACGAGCCUUUGACUUUCACGACAACCAACGCGAUCCAGACAGAGAUGGCGUACCAGAUCCUUGCUUUUUUUGCAAGUAG